GCUUUGUUCUUUUUGGAUUGAGGGAGUGCUGGUUACAAUAUUUAUUGCACUACGCAUUAUCUUGUUGUGUAGCCUUAGAUUUGGGUUCUUUUUUGUUUUGGUAUGUGGUUCUUUCUAUGACUGAACUGAGGGAAGGGCAUAGUUUGUUGUGAAAGAGAAGAACCUGAAGAUGGCUGCAAAGCUUCUGCAUUCUUUAGCUGAUGAAAAUCCAGAUCUGCAGAAGCAAAUAGGAUGCAUGACUGGGAUUUUGCAGUUGUUUGAUCGUCAGCAUAUACUCAGUGGAAGACAAUUGAGGCACAGGCGGCUUCCUCCUGGCACUUCUCAUCUAAGUAUUGGCAACCCAGGGAAAGAAUACAAUGUCUUUCAGACAGAGGCAACUGACAUGUCUCUAAAUGAGAGUUCCAGUGACAAACAAAGGUUUAAUAAAGAUUUAUCGAGAGCUUCUUUCUCCUCUUGCUCAUCUUCCAUGUCCUCUGGUGAGCACAACAAAACAGCUCAGUUGCAAGCUUCCUCCUUUGAUCAGAUACUUUUAUCAAGAGCGCCAUUGAGAGAUUCUGCAGCAAGCCAGUCAAGUACCUCUCCCCGUGUGGGGAGGCAACCCCUUGAUCUGCGAGAUGUCGUGAAGGAUUCUAUGUAUAGGGAAGCAAGAAUGUUAUCGGUCAAAACGUAUACCAAUGACGAAGCACGGAGUCGUUCUAUGAAGCAUAGAGACUCUCCAAGGCCUUUACAGCUAUCCCAAUCUACAGAUGGGGCUUCUAAAGAUGAUACAAAUUGGAAACAAAAGAUGCCUGUUGAUCUGAAGGAGUCUCUUUUGGUUCUUGCUAAACUUCGAGAUGCACCAUGGUAUUACAAUGAAGUCGGAGAACAUGAUAAACUGUCUCACGAAGUAAAAGAUGGAUUUGUGCAAUCAUUCUCUAGAGAUGGUCCUCGGUUUUCUUAUGAUGGGAGAGAGGUUGAGCGAUUAUCCUUUGAAUCACGAGAUACCAUUCGGUCAGCUCCGAAAUUUAAAGACUUUCCAAGACUCUCAUUGGACAGCAGGGAGAGUUCAAUUCAUGGUUCCAAGUGUAUGUUAAAAUCAAACAAACUUUCAAAGAACUUGAAUGGUAGCGAUUGCUCAAGUGAAAAAUCUAUUGAUCCACCACAACCGUCGGGAUCCAGAAAGCAUCCCCCCAGUGUUGUGGCAAAGUUAAUGGGAUUGGAAGCACUUCCAGGCUCACCCUUGGCCAGUGAUGCUCAGGUGAGACGUGACCCCUUCGUUAGCUCAUUGGAUGGCAUAAGCUCAAUGAGGCCAAUUAGAACUCCUGACUCUCCUCGGAACACAUUGAAAGGCCCAACUUCUCCACGAUGGAAGAAUCCUGAUUUAGUAAUGAAACCUAUACCAAAUUCAAAGUUUCCGGUAGAAGUUGCACCUUGGAGGCAGCAGGAUGGAAGUAGAGCCUUUCAUAAACCUGCUCUGAAGCACCUAAAUGGAUUAGCUGGAUCGUCUAACCCCUUUCCUUCUGUUUAUAGCGAAAUUGAAAAAAGAUUGGAAGACUUGGAGUUUAAACAAUCAGGGAAAGAUCUUAGAGCACUGAAACAGAUCCUUGACGCUAUGCAAUCAAAGGGGCUCUUGGAGACUAGGAAGGAGGAGGAACCUUGUAACAGUGGAACUCAAAGAGAGAAUGAAUCAAAACGUGAGAGCAGUAGUGUUAAUUGUAGGUUGAUGAGCGAACGAAGUCGGCCAAAGAACCAAAAGGAUUCUUCCAGGAGUGGGGAAUCUCCAAUUGUGAUCAUGAAACCAGCAAAACUUGUGGAAAAAUCUGGAAUUCCAGCUUCAUCAGUUAUUCAGAUGGAUGGCCUUCCUGGUGUCCCUAAGCUUCAGAAAGCCCCGCAUGGUAAAAAGAACUUCAGUGGCAACCGAGCAGUUAAAGAUACAUCUCCUGAAAAUAGUGGGAGGGGCUCUGGUGCGAGUUCCACCAAAAAGAAAGAGAAUGCAAAAAAUCUAAGACCAACGCAUUCUUCUUCAAAGCCUCAACAUUUGGCAACGGAAAACACCGUAAGUUCAAUAAAAACCUCAGGGUCUGUGAGCCCAAGAUUGCAGCAGAAGAAGGCUGAGCAAGACAAACGAUCUCGACCACCAACUCCUCCAUCUGACACAAACAAAACUAAAUGGAAAUCCAACAGACAAGAAACUGAUUCGGGCUCUCACGUUGGAAAAUUGAGAAUGAAAUCUUCGCAUGUGUCCCAAAUGGAUGACCAAUUGAGUGAGAUAAGUAAUGAAUCAAGAACUUUGAGCAACCAAGGAGACGACAUAUCUCAACUGUCUGACAGUAAUUUAUCCUUGGACUCAAAGACAGAUAUAGAAGUCACCAGCAGCGAACUUCCUACUGACAUUAAUGGUAGCCAUGGUUUACAAAUGAAGACUUCAAAGUACUCAGGUUCACAUUCAAUGGAAAAUGCAAAACUUGCUACUCCUGCUCUUGAACAUCCUAGUCCGGUUUCCAUUCUCGAUUCCUCUAUGUAUAGAGACGAGGAGCCAUCGCCAUCUCCUGUUAAGCAGAUAUCAAAAUCCCUCAAAGGCAAUAGGGCUUUAGGCUCUGAAGAUUGUGGUGAAUAUCAAUGGAGUGCCACAGAUAGCAGUGUGGAGCCUGGUCUUAGCAUGGAAAUCAACCGCAAGAAACUGCAAAACAUCGACAACUUGGUUCAGAAGCUCAGGCGCCUGAACUCUCACUAUGAUGAAGCAAAAACAGAUUACAUUGCAUCAUUAUGUGAGAAUACUGAUCCAGAUAACAGAUACAUAUCUGAAAUAUUGUUAGCUUCUGGCCUCUUACUCCGGGACCUAGGCUCGGGCCUGGCAACGUUUCAACUCCACCCUUCUGGUCAUCCGAUCAACCCUGAGUUAUUCUUCGUUUUGGAGCAAACCAAGACGAGCAGUUUGGUAAGAAAGGAUGAGUGCAGCUCUGUGAAAGUUGCAGAUUCAAAACUGAAGCAGGAGAAAUCUCAUCGCAAACUCAUUUUUGAUGUUGUUAAUGAGACUGUUGGCAGAAAGUUGUCUGUUGUUGCUGCAUCACCAGAGCCCUGGACAACAUCCAAAAAACUAGUAACUAAAUCUAUUAGUGCGCAAACGCUUCUGAAGGAGCUAUGUGCCGAAAUCAAACAGUUUCAAACCAAGACACCCAAAUGCAACUUGGAUGAUCAGGACGACGGUUUGAAAAACAUGUUAAUGGAGGAUGUGUUGCAAAGAUCUGAGAGUUGGACUGAUUUCUUUGGUGACAUCUCCAACGUCGUCUUAGACGUUGAAAGAUUGAUAUUCAAAGACUUGGUUGACGAAAUCGUAUACGUUGAGGCUGCUCAUUUACGCACGAAGUCAGGCAGACGAAGACAGUUGUUUACUUGACAGUUUCUUCUUUAACCUUUCCACAUCUAUCUGUUUUGCAUUUCAUAGUGAUGGAACCUUCAUUUUUCUUUUUUUUUUCCUACAAUAUAGAUAGAUAGAUAGUGCUGUGAAGCGUUGUGACUAAUGGUUAAGAAGUGUUGUAAAGAUGGUGAACAUGAACAUCAACAUUCUGAUGAAUCAAUAUAUGUAUGCAUCUGAUAUUAUUCUUUCUUCA